AUGCAACUCGCAGUCCGUCAAGAAGAUGCUGACAUCUUACUUAAACAAAAGAACGUUUUAGAUGAAGCAAUAAUCGAGAAAUAUAGAGUAGCUGGUCAAAUCACUCAAACUGGUCUUACAUACAUAACAUCAUUAAUUAAUAAUUCAUAUCAUUUAUCUUCCACCAAAUUAACCAUUCAACACUUAUGUCUUUUAACCGAUUCAUUUUUAACCAAAUUAUUAUCUCGUCAAUAUGCUAAUCUCGUUAAUGAGAAAGGUAUUGCUCAUCCAACUACCAUUAAUGUAAAUGAAUUAAUUAAUGGAUUUGCUCCAGAAGUAGAUGAUGAAAGAUCAUUUACUUUUAAUGAAGGUGACGUUGUAACUAUCAGUUUAGGUGUCCAUAUUGAUGGAUACACUUCUCAAGUCAGUCAUACCAUGGUUAUAUACCCACCAUCCCCAGAAUUAAAACCAACUGGUCCAUUAUUAGGUUCAAAUGCCGAUGCCAUCGUUGCAUGUCAUAUUGCUGUUGAAACUAUGGUUGCAUUAUUGGGUACUUCCCUCUCUCCAGAAAAAUUACCUGCUAAUUUAAAGAAUCAAUCAGGUACUAUUACUGGUCAACAAAUCCGUACCUUAGUUGAUGCUAUUGCUGAAUCAUUCAAUUGUAUUGUUAUUCCUGGAUCUAAGAUAAGAAGAGUUAGAAGAUUCCUUGCGGGUCAAGCUGAAGGGAUUGUUGCUGAGCGUGACUUUAAGGGUGUUGUUUGGGAUGAAUCUCAUCAAGAAACUCGUUUAUUGAAACAAGCUACUACUUCUACUGAAUUGGUUUUACAAGAUGGUAAUAAGAAAGCAUCACAAACUAAUAAUUCUAGUGCUGUUCCAACUGAUGAAUUCGUGGUAUUGCCUGGAGAAGUUUAUCAAAUUGAUAUUCGUAUGGUUGGAUUACAAUCUCUUAAUGAAGUUGGGAUUGUUACUACUGAAGAAAUUGAUCAUUUUACUGGUAAGAACCAUAAACAAGAAUUUAAUUGUAAGAGUUCAAUUUUCAUUCGUGAUUUUGCUAUCACUCAUCAAUUAAAAUUAAAAACUGCUAGAAAAUUAUUAUCUGAUAUUGAUCAUGAAUUUUCAGUUUAUCCAUUUAAAUUAGAUUAUGUUGGUAAGAAUUUCCCAAUUAAUUUAGAAUCUAAUGAUGAAGAAAUUCGUCAACAAAUAGAUGCCAUUACUAAGGAUAUGAAAUCUCAUAGAUUAGGUGCUGCAGAAUUAUCAAAUCGUCAUUUAAUUAAAGCUAAACCAGUUCAAAUUACUAAAUUCAUUCCGUUGGAACAAAUAUUAUUAACUGCAAAUCCAACAGGUAAACAUGGUAUUGAUGCUGCUAAACCAGUUUUACCAGGUAUGGAAAUUCCAUUACCAAAAUUAGGUAUUUCAUCAUUAAAAUUGAAAUCAUUAUUAAAACAUGGUAAGAAUAUAAGUAAUGUUAGAGAAUCAACUACUGUUAUAAUAAAUGAAGGUAAUCAAGAAGUUAUUAGAUUAACUGGUGGUGAAAAGACAGGUAGACCAAGUUGGACUCAUUCUCAAUAUAAAUUACAAGGUGAAUUGAAAGAUACUAUUGAAUAUUUGGUUCAAUUAACUAAAGAUAAAAGAUUUGGUAUUAAAGUUAAAGAAAUUAGUCCUUAUAAAACUAAGCAAAAUAAUAUGGCAGUUGAAUCUAUGCAAUUAGAUUAG